CUCUGAGGCUUUGCCUGCCGCCUUUUUGGUGUGAGUUUCCACAUCCAGGUACUAGUCCACCAGUGACCCUGGACAGUAACAAAACAUAAAAAGCCCGAACCCACCUCCCGCCACCAGCAUAGGUUCUGUAGCUUGUUUGGAAAUCAGUAAACCAUGGCAUCUAAGAAGUUUGCCAUUAAAUGUGGAAAUUUUGCUGUCCUCGUGGAUCUUCAUAUAGUGCCACAAGGUCCAAACAAAGAUUCCAGUUGGUUUUCAGAGCAGAAGAAAGAGGAAGUUUGUUUGCUGUUAAAAGAAACCAUUGAUUCCAGAGUUAAGGAGUACGUGGGCAUUUAUAAACAGCACAGGCCAUCAAAUGCAGAAUUCACAAGAUCCAGUCCCUUGUCCUUAAAAGGUUACGGCUUUCAGAUCACAGCCUAUUUCAUCAAGAGAGGGAUACGCCUUCGCUGUAUUCAGAGCUCACAGAACACUGAACUUCGUAUAUUUCCUGACAGAUUUGUGGUCUGUGUUAGUCAACUUGCAUUCGGUCCUGAUACUUGGGCAAGCCAGAAUGAAAAAUCGACAAAAAGAACCCUCCACGGACUGUCUGACUAUUUCGCUGGGUGUGCACAGAGUUCACCUUCUCCUGGUACAAAGCUCAAGAAAAACACUCUACAAGAAAUUGUGAGAAGAACUGAAGGAAAACGCAGUGCCAAGAGCAAAUCACAGGCCAGCGCGGACCUUGUGGGAAGAUCUGGUGACUCGGUCAUCACUGUGGUACCAAGGAGGAGGGAUGCCUCGGCUGUUCUCCUGUCAGAAUCCAUGGGUCAAGCACAGGAUGACAUAAAAGCAGCCAAGAGCCACUGGGGACUUCCUGUUCAAAAGCUGGAAAAUGUUUCCCAGACUGAGCCAGAAGACACUAGCAGCCAGCAACAACCUCAUCCUGGGGAGUGGCUAAAGUCGGGGCUUCUAAGCAGGAGCCCUAUGUGUAACUAUGAGUCAGCAUCACCAGGUCCAAAGCAAAGUCCACGAGCAGCCAAGACACAACAGAAACGCAGGAACUGCGGCUCUGCGGAAGACUCUGACCACCGCAGGAGAGUUUCUCUUGGAAAUGAUGGGUUAGCCCCAGGAGACGGGAUGGUGGGAAAGAGCACAGCUGUCAGUGUUUUGCCAGCGUUAGAGUUGUCAGAUCCAGGGUUGCUUUUGAAUCAGGAUUUGGCAAAAGCCACGGCUAAAGAAGAGCUACAUGCUUUGGAAAAUCUCUCCUCCAGACACCUUAUGACCAACAUCCCAGGGCAGGCACAGCAAGCCACCCCGGCUGCAGCUGACGAAAGAUUAGCGACAGUUGAAGGCGGCCCAAGCAAAAAAAGAAAGAAAUUGCAAAGUUCUAGCAGAGGAUGUAGUGGCAAGAAAACUUUGAGUGUAUAGUUCCCGGGAUUUGGAAAGAAUUGGGGUAAUCUCUCUAAAUAAACAGAUGUUUAGAGGCUGGAGGACUGUCUCAGUUUUUAGGAGCACGUACUGCUCUUGCAGAGGACCUAGGUUGGCUUCCAAGCAUCCACAAGGUGACUCAGAAGCAUCACGAACUCUAGAUCCAGGAGACACAACACCCACUUUUGGCCCCCAUGGGCACCGGGCAUGCACAUGGUAUGUAUACCCACAAGCAGGCAAA